UGGCUUCAUUCAUAUGGAUGAACCAAGGAUUGGGCUAGCGCUAUACCAUUAGAAUCAGACAGCUGAUUGCCCAGCAGGAUGCCGUCGACUAUCCCAACAGAGGGCCUGAAGGACCCUGAAACUGCAGAGCUCUUCUCCAAAGAAGAUCCAGAGAAGCUCUUCACAGAUCUCAGAGAAGUUGGCCAUGGGAGCUUUGGAGCAGUGUACUCUGCACGAGAUGUGCGCACCAAUGAAGUGGUGGCUAUCAAGAAAUUAUCUUAUACUGGAAUGCAGUCUACGAAGAAAUGGCAGGACAUUAUUAAGGAAGUCAGGUUUCUACAAAUAUUAAAACAUCCCAACAUUAUAGAAUACAAAGGCUGCUAUUUAAGUGAGCACACAGCAUGGCUUGUAAUGGAAUAUUGUAUAAGAUCUGUUUCAGAUUUCCUGAAAGUUCACAAAAAGCCAUUACAAGAAAUGGAAAUAGCAGCAAUUACACAUGGUGCUCUCCAGGGCUUAGCCUACUUACAUUUUCAUGCCAUGAUCCAUAGAGAUAUCAAAGCAGCAAAUAUCCUUCUGACAGAACAAGGCCAGGUGAAACUUGCUGACUUUGGAUUGGCUUCCAUGGCCUCUCGUGCCAGUUCUUUUGUGGGAACGCCGAAUUGGAUGGCCCCAGAAGUAAUUUUAGCCAAGGAUGAAGAACAACAAUAUGGUACCGAAGUAGAUAUUUGGUCUCUUGGAAUAACAUGUAUUGAACUAGCGGAAAUGAAGCCUCCUUUACAGAGUAAUAGUUCAGUAAGUGUCUUCAGUCGCAUAAUCAGAAGUGAAUCCCCUACACUACAGUCUACUGAAUGGUCUUAUCAUUUUCGACACUUUGUAGAUUCUUGCCUCCAGAAAAUCCCUCAAGAUCGUCCUACAUCACAGAAACUUUUAAAGCACAUGUUUGUUCGUCGGGAGCGCCCUGAAACAGUGUUAAUCGAUCUUAUUCAGAGGACAAAGGUGCUUUCCCAGGAGGCACAUAAUGGACCAGCAGUAGAGUCACAGGAAGAAGAGGAACUAGAUUACUGUGUUGGAUGGAAAGGGACAGUGAAUAGUGUUGAAAGUCAUCAGGCUGUUCCCAGUAUGUCCAGCGGGGCCAGUAGUCAAAGCACUAGUGUCAGCAGUUUUCCAGAUGCCUCAGAUGCUGAGAGAGAGCUAGACAUGAUGGAGGGAAACCACCCAGUCACGCCUAGUAGUUCUGUCAUCGAUUUAAAACCUGUUACAAGGCAAAUACAAGAACAGGAGCCUAGAGAACAAAUGUUUUGUUACAUCGAAAUGAGGCGGCAACAUCGAAGAAAGCUGGUGACUCUGGAAAACAAGCUAAAGGCUGAGAUGGAUGAACAUCGUUUCAGAUUAGAAAAAGAUUUUGAAACUCAGUGUAACAACUUUGCGGCAGAAAUGGCGAAACUUAUCAAGAAACAUCAGGCUGCUCUGGAAAAAGAGGCUAAAGUGAUGUCCAAGGAGGAGGAAAAAUUUAAGCAACAUCUUCAGGCCCAGCAGAAGAAAGAACUGAACAGCUUUCUGAAGUCCCAGAAGAGAGAAUAUAAACUUCAGAAGGAACAGCUUAAGAAGGCGCUGAAUGAAAGCCGGAGCGCCCCAAGGAAAGAAAAACAGGAAUGGCUGUCAAAGCAGAUAGAGAACAUCCAGCAUCUCCAAGCCGCGGAAAAGACUGAUCUUCUUCAACAUCAGAGACAGUGCCUAGGGCUGCAAUGCCGUCGCUUCCAAAGAAAGAUAUUCCUUGGGCGCUGUAACUUGGAGCAGGACCUCGUCAUGGAGGAGUUAAAUAAGAGGCAGACUCAAAUGGACUUGGAGCAUGCAACGCUACUGCGACAUCACGAAUCCAUGCAAGAACUGGAGUUCCGCCAGCUCAACACAAGGCAGAAGAUGCGCUCUGAGCUGAUCAGACUGCAGCAUCAAGCCGAGCUCACUAACCAGCUGGAGCAUAAUAAACGGAGAGAACAAGGACUAAGGCGAAAGCAUGCCAUGGAGGUUCAACAACAGUCUAAGAGUCUAAAGUCUAAAAAACUCCAAAUCAAAAAGCAGUUCCAGGACACCUGUAAAAUCCAAACCAGACAGUACAAAGCUUUAAGAAAACUCUUACGGGAAUCUACACCAAAGAGUGAGCGCAAAGCUGUUCUGAAACGGCUUAAGGAGGAGCAGACCCGGAAGUUAGCCAUCUUAGCUGAGCAGUGUGACCACAGCAUUCGUGAAAUGCUCUCCACUCAAGCCCUGCAUUUGGAUGAAGCACAGGAGGCAGAGUGCCAGGUUUUGAAAAUGCAGCUGCAGCAGAAACUGGAGCUGCUGAAUGCAUAUCACAGCAAAAUCAAGCUGCAGGCUGAGGCACAAGAUGAUCGAGAGCUUCGGGAGCUUGAACAGAGGGUCUCCUACCGCAGGGCACUCAUACAACAACAGAUAGAAGAAGAGGUACUGACGUUUCAGAAUGAAUCUACGGAACGAAUACAAAGCCUGCUGGAGCGUCGAGCAACACAAUUGAACGCUUUCAAGUCUGAAAGCGAAAGACUAGGUUUUAGUAACCUUUCCUCUGACGCAUUCAGCCACAGCUCCUCCAGAGCUUCUGAUUUGCCUCACAGUCCAACUGGGGGUCCAGGACCUCACUCGGGGCAUCCCAUAGGUGGCCCACCACAAGCCUGCGGCCAUCCAAUGCAAGGUGGGCCUAGUCAUGGAGGUCACCAUUCCACGCCAAUGCCUUGGGUACCCCGAGGUAGCAGUAUGGGAGUUGGCAAUGGCCCUCAGGCUCUGAGGCGGACAGCUGCCGGGGGACGGACCGAACAGGGCAUGAGCAGAAGCACGAGCGUCACUUCACAAACAUCCAGUGGGUCACACAUGUCUUACACGUAACUUAAUAACUGAGAAUGGCAAUUCCGCUGAGCUGGCUGCCACUACAGACAUCACCCCAGCAGCCUCCUCACUUGGCUAAUACCGUGUGGAAGCUGAGUGCAUGUGGUAUAUUUUACUCAUUUUUGUAAAGCGUUUUGUUUUGUGUUUACUAAUUGGGAUGUCAUAGUAUUUAGCUGUUGGGUUUUGUGUUUUUUGUUUUUAACUUUUGGGGAAAUUUUAUGAAAAGGGGAAUUGGUGUGUAUGUGUAUUUAUCAAAUAUGCAGACACACACACACACACACAUAAUGCACGUAGGAAAAAGAAACUGGUUAGAUAGGGUAUUUUCUGAAAACUGCAAAAACAGAAUUCAGCAGUGGCCUGAGUCAUCAUCACCUUUGGGCAACUCCAUCCUAAGAAAUUUGUGAAAAGAUCUAAAGCCUUUCUCCGUAUACCCCACCCAGAUUCUUAUGAGCCACUCACAGCAGGGAGCAUGUGCCAGAACAAGUUAUUAUGGAAACACCUGUAUCCCCUCACCAAUGUAUUUUGUUUAUUAAAUAAAUGUAUUUUGUCUGACUUUUGUUUAUUAAAUUGGCCUCAUUUGAAGUAGGAAAAAAAGUAGAAAUCCAUGAACACUAAAGGGUUGCAUUGACUUUUUCAGAGAGAAGAC